UAUCGAGUAUUGCGCACCAAGAUGGCGGCCACGUGGAGGGAUUGUAAACCAAGUCUUUGCGCUUUGACACUGAAAUCUGUCGAGAAACUUGGUUUUACUUCCAUGACUCCCGUACAGGCUGCAGCUAUUCCUUUAUUCAUGUCCAAUAAAGAUGUUGCUGUAGAGGCUGUGACAGGUUCAGGAAAGACUCUUGCUUUUGUGAUUCCAAUUAUAGAAAUGUUGAUGAGAAGGGAAGAGAAGUUAAAGAAGCAUGAUAUUGGAGCACUUAUCAUUACACCAACGAGAGAACUUGCAAAACAAAUUGAAGAAGUUCUCAGUAAUUUUACUGAAGGAAAUACGCCAAAACUGAGACAAAUGCUUUUUAUUGGUGGAGCAGAAACAUCAACUGAUAUAAAGAACUUCAAAGACAAUGGUGGUAACAUCAUAGUUGGAACACCAGGAAGACUGGAGGAUCUUUUAACAAGACAGCACCAGCAUGGGAUAGACUUAGGAGCACAUUUAAAAUCCUUAGAAGUUCUUGUUCUUGAUGAAGCUGAUCGUCUUCUUGACUUGGGUUUUGAAUCCAGUAUCAAUUCUAUCUUAGGAUUUCUUCCAAAACAAAGACGAACGGGAUUGUUCUCCGCAACUCAGACAAAUGAGGUGGAAGCCUUGGUAAGAGCAGGGCUCAGAAACCCAGUAAGGGUAACCGUUACAGAGAAACAGACCAAAAAGAAGACUUCUCAAAGAACCCCAUCAUCCCUAAACAACUUUUACUUGAUCUGUGAAAGUGAAGAAAAGUUUUCUCAGCUAAUUGGCUUCCUUAGAGCAAGAAAG